AUGGCUAGAUGCCAAGAUGGAACAAUCACAAGCAGCAAACUGGUUGAAGUUUCUCCCAUUGUGGACCGAUUUCGCCCAAUCUCUUCGAAUUCACGAGUUCAAUCAUCCUGCCCAUUCUGUACAGGCAAGAAUGAUAGUUGCCAGAUAGUCCGGUCAAGAACAAAGCUAAUGAAUAUUAUGAUCAAAAGAAGGAAGCCCAAAGAAGCGGAAUCUAUAUUCGAUGGUCUAAUGGAAGAUGGCCACAAGCCAACCCUUCUAACCUACACCACUCUAGUUGCUGCAUUGACUCGUCAAAGGCGUUUCAAGUCCAUCCUGUCUUUGAUAUCCAAAGUUGAAGAAAAUGGGAUGAAACCUGAUUCCAUACUCUUCAAUUCGAUCAUCAAUGCAUUUUCUGAAUCUGGAAAUGUAAAGGAUGCAAUGGGAAUUUUCCAGAAGAUGAAGAGCAGUGGAUGUAAGCCUACCACCAGCACUGUCAAUACUCUCAUCAAAGCAUAUGGGAAUGCUGGUCAACCCGAACAAGCUUCAGAAUUGUUGGAGUCAUUGUUGAAGGAAGAAGACGUGAAGCCAAAUGAGAGGACAUACAAUAUCCUAGUAAGAGCUUGGUGUAACAAGAGAAACAUUGAUGAAGCUUGGAACGUGGUAGACAAGAUGGUGGCAUUUGGAUUGAAGCCAGACGCUGUCACAUUUAACAUACUAGCUAGGGCUUAUGCUGAGAUAAGCAUGACGAGCAGAGCGGAAGACUUAUUGUCCGAGAUGCAGAGAAAUGGAUUGGCGCCAAAUGAGCGAACUUGUGGCAUCAUUGUGAAUGGAUACUGCAACGAAGGAAAUAUGGUGGAAGCCUCAAGGUUUGUGUACAGAAUGGAGAAGCUUGGAGUGCAUCCCAAUCUCAUCGUUUUCAAUUGUCUCAUUAAAGGCUUUGUAGAUAACCUGGACAAGGAUGGAGUUGAGGAGGCACUUGAUGCUAUGGAGGACUACGGAAUCAAGCCUGACGUGGUGACAUUUAGCACGAUAAUGGAUGCAUGGGGAUCUGCAGGUAUCAUGGACCAGUGCCUAGAGAUCUUCAAUGAUAUGUUGAAAGCUGGUAUAGAACCAGACAUCCAUGCAUUCAGCAUCCUCGCGAAAGGUUACGUGCGAGCUGGGGAACCAGAGAAGGCUCAGUCGGUUCUGGCAUCCAUGGGACACUACAGCGUGCGCCCGAACGUAGUAAUAUGCACAACCAUCAUUAGCGGCUGGUGCAGUGCUGGAGAAAUGGACACUGCAAUGGAAGUCUACAAGAGGAUGUGCGAGAUAGGGAUUUCGCCGAAUUUGAAAACGUUCGAGACUCUGAUAUGGGGAUAUGGAGAAGCCAGACAGCCGUGGAAAGCACAGGAGUUGCUGCAAGUCAUGGAGGAGAAAGGCGUAUCUCCGGGGAAGAGCACUAUGCAACUCAUUUCAGAUGCCUGGCUAGCCGUUGGUUUAACAAGUGAAGGCAAGAGAAUAGUGGCUGAAGGAGAAGGAGAUGAAGCUGCAAAUUCUAAGGUUGCUGUAGAUACAAGAGAUGAUGAGAUGCCGAAAGACCCAGAUCUCUCGGCCUCUUAUUCCAAGGUGUUGGAGGUGCCUGGAGAUAUUCUGAAAGGUCCGAAUGGAUCAUCAUCUCCUGUUGUCAAGAUGAGAAGCCAGAUGAUUCUCAAGGACCCCAGGACUUCAUCAGAGGCCUUAUCGCGUAGUUUGAAAUCGAUGUUCUUUUUUCGCGCAUCAGGUUUUGGAAAGCAGCCGCGAGUUAUUUGUAGAAGGCAGGAGCAAAGCCUUUCUUGCAUUCGUGGGAGGUUCACGAGAUCGUGUGGCAUCUUGUCCAUUGCAUGA